UUAUCGAGAAUGCUUUCAAGUCUAACAAUGCAAAGCCCAGAAAGCCAGCGAGCACAACGUUGGAGAGUUUGAGUGCAGCGCGGGCGCGGGCCCCUCCCCCUUCGGCUCCUGCGGGCUGGGCUACAUGCUGGCUGGGCUGCGGCCGGGUGACGUGGCGCACCCGCCCAUGUACGCCAUGCCCGUGGACAGCUGCUUCCGGUUAGGGGACGCCUACAGCCUGCAGCUGGCCUCCAACUUUUUUGCCUACUACGCCACAGAAAAGGCUGGGGGCAAGGGUGAGGCGGCCAAGGCGCUGGAUGCGGCGCGGCGGCUGGCGCAGCUGAACGAGGCGCGCACUAUGGCCGGCGGCUCUUUGGCGGGUGCGGUCAAGUUGGUGCGGGAGGUGGAGUCGGCCCGGCCACCGGAGCCAUGCGUGGACGCCGCGCAGCGCAAGCUGUACAACGCCUUCUUCCAGAGCUGGCUGGCGGGCGACCGGCACCAUGACGUGGGCGCCACAGUGGGCCGCGGCGGCGUCUCGGCGGCGGGCGGUGGCGACGGUGCGGGGGCGGGGCUGCCGCUGCGAUUUGCGGACGUGACCACGCGCAAGCACAACCCCAAGCAGCAGCACCCCGUGUGCCAGACCUCCAACUCCAUCUACGGUGCCAAGGCUCCCAGCCAGCUGGACAUGCCGCUCUCCUACAGCUCAUUACUGGAAGCGCCCCACAAGCAGAACUAGGGGCCAAACGCGGCACCAGCCGUAAAAGCGAGGCAAGGCCAAUUUGCGCGUCCUGGCGUGGAUAUGUCGGCAUAUAUCCACACAUUUGAUCCCCCCCAUACACCCCGCGAAACGACCACAAGUGGUCAUUACCGCAUCGGGCGACGGCGGCUCCGUUGCUGGAUGGUGGCCGCUCCGUGCGGUUGGGGCGCAGUGUAUGGACGAGAGCGGGGGGGGGGGGGAGAGGGCCUUAGGUGCCAAGCCCUGC